AGAAAAGUUGCACGGAUAAAAAUGUUUCGAUACUUUCAAAACAAAAUCUGGUCUCCUCAAACCUCACCUCAACUUCAUCCUCAAAACACACCAACAAAUACCGAUCAAGAUGAAGGCGACAUACCGUACCUUGCCGAGGUGGACCAAGGUGGAUCGGUGUAUCGUGCAAUGCCCUUAGAAUCAUAUUGUCAGGAGGAACAACCUCCAAAGGACGUCCAGUUUUUUCUGGACGGCGAAAAUAAAGAUAGGGUUGUAUUGGUGCCCGGAUUUCUCGGAUAUGAUACCUUUGAUAUAACGUUGCCGUUCAGCGGUGGUACAACUUGGACCAUAGCCGAUUAUUGGAGUGAUGUCAGAGAGGUGAUCGAUGAUCCCUUUGUCGUUAGUCCUAGCUCAUUCGGUUCUAUCCACGAUCGUGCAGUGGAAAUUUAUUACCAAAUCAAGGGCGGUCGAGUGGACUACGGAUUACGCCAUUCUCAUCAAUUCGGUCAUAAGCAGCAUGGCGCGACAUACGAGGGUUUAAUUCCGGAUUGGAGUCCGGAAAAUCCAAUAGUCCUAAUUGGCAAGGGAUACGGUGCGACCACAGCUCUUCAUUUGCAAAAUCUCCUCACAACCAACUUCUUCGGUCAACACACCUCCGGCAAGAUGAUCAAAGGUGUCAUUUGUUUGUCGGCUCCGCAUCGCGGUUCCACACUCCCGUACUACCUCGGCCUCGA